CAGGGGGCGGAGACCAGAUGAUUAGAGGCUCCCCCAGGACUCAAGUUCACUGAGCUUCUGCAGACACUGGGUACAUUCAGUCCUCUCUCUGUGAUCAUCACCUGGGGGCCCCACCUGCCUGCACCUGUAGCCAGCACCUGCAGCCCGCACCUGGCAGCUAGCACCUGCGCCGGACCUCAGCAAUGGCGGACCAGGCGCCCUUCGACACGGAUAUCAGCACCCUGACCCGCUUCGUCAUGGAGGAGGGCAGGAAGGCUAAGGGCACCGGAGAGAUGACCCAGUUGCUGAACUCGCUCUGCACCGCGGUCAAAGCCAUUUCGUCCGCGGUGCGCAAGGCGGGCAUCGCACAGCUCUUUGGCAUCGCUGGCUCAACCAAUGUGACAGGGGAUCAAGUGAAGAAGCUGGACGUCCUUUCCAAUGACCUGGUUAUCAAUAUGCUCAAGUCAUCCUUUUCCACCUGUGUCCUCGUGUCCGAAGAAGACAAACACGCCAUCAUAGUAGAGCCCGAGAAGAGGGGCAAAUACGUUGUCUGUUUCGAUCCCCUCGAUGGCUCAUCCAACAUUGACUGCCUUGUGUCCAUAGGAACCAUUUUUGGCAUUUACAGAAAGAAAACUACUGAUGAGCCUUCAGCAAAGGAUGCUCUGCAGCCAGGCCGGGACCUGGUGGCAGCUGGCUAUGCACUCUAUGGCAGUGCCACCAUGUUGGUCCUUGCUUUAGAGAGUGGUGUCAACUGCUUCAUGCUGGACCCGGCCAUUGGAGAAUUCAUCCUGGUGGACAGGGAUGUGAAGAUCAAGAAGAAAGGCAAUAUCUACAGCAUCAACGAGGGCUAUGCCAAGGACUUCGACCCUGCCAUCGCUGAGUAUGUCCAGAGGAAGAAGUUCCCUCCAGACAAUUCCUCUCCCUAUGGUGCCAGGUAUGUGGGGUCCAUGGUGGCUGAUGUUCACCGCACUCUGGUGUAUGGAGGGAUCUUUUUAUACCCUGCUAACAAGAAAAGCCCCAGUGGAAAGCUAAGGCUGCUGUAUGAGUGCAACCCCAUGGCUUUUGUCAUGGAGAAGGCAGGCGGACUUGCCACCACCGGAAAGGAGGCUAUACUAGACAUCAUUCCUACCGACAUCCACCAGAGGGCACCAGUCAUCAUGGGGUCCCCUGAUGAUGUACAGGAGUUCCUGGAGAUCUACAAGAAGCACGGAGCCAAAUGAAGGCCAGCCUUGCCCUUGCCCAAAGCCGAGCCUUUUAUGUGGACCUGUGACCUCAGGAGGCUUUACUCUACUCUGACUGUUGUAUAUUCCUAGACAACAGACCUAACAGUGUGGAUAGUUUCACAGUUCAAUGCUUUGUAAUGCCCAGGACUGCUUCACCCAUAUGCCAUAACACCAUGAUAGCAGGUACUACUCACCCACAUGCCAUAACGCCAUUAGAGCAGGUAAUAUAUAUUUUAAGCGGGUGAAAGAGAAAUAAACACAUUCAUACCUUAUAACA